AUGAAUAGGUGGAGUGCUAAAGAGCUGAAAGAAGGUAUUGAGUUGAAGAUCAACUUGCCUGGGUUUGGAAAGGAUGAUAUCAAAGUCACUGUCGAGGGUACCGCUCUUGUUAUCACUAGUCUUCUGGGUAAAGAAGAUGAAGAUGAAAAGCCUGCUGGAGAUGUUGUUAGUGUUGGUCCAGAUGUUAAUGAAGAUGAUAUGAACAAUACUACUGGUGUAAUUUUCGAUCUCGAUCUGGAUUAUGACGACCUCAACUUACAGGAACUGAAAUCUGAGAUGGAGAAUGGUCUUCUUAAGGUCUCUAUUCCUAAGAAGGUUGAGGAGAAGAAUGUCAUCCUUGUAACUGAUGCUUAG